UAUUAAAUUAUGUUUUAAAUAUUUUAAAAAUUGAUCCAAGGGAUGAUGAACUGCAAAAUAAAAUCGCGAAUAUCACCAAAUGUUUAAAUUCGUCGUUCUUUAACAGAUAUUUUAUUAAAUGGAACACUUGCUGCAGACAAAAUUAUAGAUUUAUGAAAGAAAAUGUAGAUUGGCUUAAAACAGUUAUAAUCUUUCCUGAUUCUGUAUAUGACAACACCUACACCAGGAAUGACAAAAAUGAUUUGAGUAAUAACAAAGUUGACAAAUCACGCGGUCGCCCGGUUUUAUCGUUUGACCUCUCUAGUGACCGAUCAAAAAGACGAAAGUGUCAAAAUUUGUAUAAUGCAUCUUGUUUAAGUGAACUGAUCCAAACCACAACAUUAGCGUUAAGAAGACAUGGAAUUGAAGAUGCUGCAAAAUUAGUCAAAGAAAUCACUCAUACUACUCCGACAAGAGGAAAAAAAAUUCGUGAAACGUGGAAAAAUCAGCAAUUAAAAAAUGAACCUACGGCAUUGAGUACAGAUGAAGCUCUCUCUUUAAUUAUUUCUGCAUCAUUAUCAAAAUCCCAAUACAAUUUACUUAGAAAAAGUGCAAAACAUCAUCAUUUUGAUUUAUACCCCUCGUAUCACAAGAUAAUUGCUGCCAAAACUGAAACUUAUCCCAUUUGAUUUUCUGGUUUUUUUUUUUUUUAAUGCACACUGGAAGAAAUGUUUCUCGUUUCAAAAAAAAUAAAAAAUAUCGACAUUAGAUAUUUCUACGAGGCUUGAGAGUUUUUCCUCUAUAGCAUGUUUUUGAUAAAAACAAUAGGU